GGGAGCAAACGGGGCAGCGGCAGGUAGACGGCACCUGCCCGCGCACCGCAGCCGGAGCUGUCCCGGCACCCCCGGGACCCCCCGGGCUGGGUGGUCGCAGCAGAGAAGCGGGAGGUGCAGGGGCCGACAGCGAUGGCCGACGGCCACGGCUGGUGGAAGCUGACCUUCCUGCGGAAACGCCGGUCGGUGCCCACGGUGCUGUACGAGAGCCCCGACAGCCACGCUGCCGCCGGCGGCGAGAGCCAGGAGGGGUCGGGCGAGGAGGGGCCGCCCGGCUUCGCCGCCCGCCUGGAGAAAAUCGUGGACAAGAGCACCAAGGGCAAACACGUCAAGGUCUCCAACUCUGGACGCUUUAAGGAGAAGAAGAAAGUGCGGGCAACGCUCGCAGAGAACCCCAACCUCUGCGCUGCCAGCGAGCGGGAGGAGAAAUGACCCGGCUGGUUGUCACCCCCCGGCCACUGCCACCAGCUGGCUCGGCUCCGUCCCCCCCCCAGGGCUGCGGAAGGAGAAAGGACUCGGACUGGAGUUUAUUUAAGGGAGAAGCAAGGACCCUGUUUAAUUGCAGCCCGCAGGCUUGCGGCACCCCAGGGACGGAUGGGGAGCCCCCCGAAGCUGACUGGUUCAUACUGGGAUGAGGAUGCUCACCCCAGCUUGGCCGCUUGCCGCAGACCACCAGAGCCCAUCGUUCACCCAGCUCUGCCCCGAGCACGACGGCCCCGAUCCUGACCCCCUCUUGC